AUGAUGGUGGCGGCGAGGCAGGGGCGCGAGCUGCAGCGGUACAGCGCCAGCACGGGCGGCCGCAUCGUCGUGGGCUGCAUCCCCUACCGGGUGCGCGACGACAACGGCGAGGUGGAGGUGCUGGUCAUCUGCUCGCGCAAGAAGGGCGCCAGCGCGGGCGUGCUGUUCCCCAAGGGCGGGUGGGAGCUGGACGAAUGUUCCCGCUGCGCGUCACCGACGAGCUGGAGCGCUGGCCCGAGAUGUCCGGCCGCGGCAGGACCUGGGUCACCGUGCAGGACGCCAUGGACCGCUGCCCGCACCUCUGGAUGCGCGAGGCGCUCCAGCGGUUCGCCGACCGCGUCGCCGACGCCGCCUUGUAGGCGCCUCUCAUCGAUCGUUCUUCUCGCCGGGCGCGCCCGCGCGUGCUCCCCCGCCCUACGGUUUGUGCCGGCUGGGUUGGGCUCGACCGCGCGGCGCUGUGGCACUAGCGGUCAGUGCCUUGGAAUUUUGAAACAAUCAAAUGGGGACAACAGCACGGGCCUACCUUAUGCUCGACAUCUUAGAACAUCUCUAGCAGACCCCGUAUAA